UCUUACUAACCUCAUUUCAUUCACUAUAAACACACAAACUCUUCAAAUUCAAACCUAACCCAAUCACGCACCUAAAAAAAAUAAAUUAGAAAAAAAACUCUUCACCUCCGCCUCUGUCUCUGGUGAUCUCUAUGGCGGCGGAAAACGGUCAUCAUGCUUCGAAUGGUUUCUGCGUGAAGCAGGAUGAUCCGUUGAAUUGGGGGGCAGCGGCGGAGUCGCUGAAGGGGAGCCAUCUCGAUGAGGUGAAGCGGAUGGUGGAGGAGUUUAGGAAGCCGGUGGUGAGGCUCGGCGGGGAGACGCUCACGGUGUCUCAGGUGGCGGCGAUCGCGGCCAGGGAUAAUGCGGUGGCGGUGGAGCUGUCGGAGUCGGCCAGGGCUGGAGUCAAGGCCAGCAGCGAUUGGGUGAUGGAGAGCAUGAGUAAAGGAACAGACAGCUACGGCGUCACCACCGGCUUCGGAGCCACGUCACACAGGAGGACUAAGCAGGGCGGUGCUCUUCAGAAGGAGCUUAUUAGGUUCUUGAACGCCGGAAUAUUCGGGAAUGGGACAGAAUCAAAGCAGACGCUGCCGCACACGGCGACGAGAGCGGCGAUGCUGGUGCGCAUCAACACCCUCCUCCAAGGCUACUCCGGCAUCCGAUUUGAAAUCCUCGAAGCCAUCACAAAGCUGCUGAACAAGAACAUCACCCCAUGCCUCCCCCUCCGCGGCACCAUCACCGCCUCGGGCGAUCUGGUGCCGCUCUCCUACAUCGCGGGGCUCCUCACGGGGCGCCCCAACUCCAAGGCCGUGGGCCCCGCGGGAGAGCCCCUCAACGCCGAGGAAGCCUUCAAGCUGGCCGGCGUCAGCGGCGGCUUCUUCGAGCUCCAGCCCAAGGAAGGCCUCGCCCUCGUCAACGGCACCGCCGUCGGCUCCGGCCUCGCCUCCAUCGCCCUCUUCGACGCCAACAUCCUCGCUGUUCUAUCCGAGGUCAUGUCCGCCGUGUUCGCCGAAGUCAUGAACGGGAAGCCCGAAUUCACCGACCACCUGACCCACAAGCUGAAGCACCACCCUGGGCAGAUCGAGGCCGCCGCCAUCAUGGAGCACAUCCUCGACGGCAGCGGCUACGUCAAGGCCGCGCAGAAGCUGCACGAGCAGGAUCCGUUACAGAAGCCGAAACAGGACCGUUACGCCCUCCGGACCUCGCCCCAGUGGCUGGGCCCACAAAUUGAGGUCAUCCGCACCGCCACCAGGAUGAUCGAGAAUGAGAUCAACUCCGUCAACGACAACCCCUUGAUCGAUGUUUCUCGAAACAAGGCCCUCCACGGUGGAAACUUCCAAGGCACCCCUAUCGGAGUCUCCAUGGACAACACCCGCCUCGCCAUCGCUUCCAUCGGGAAGCUUCUCUUCGCUCAAUUCUCUGAGCUUGUCAACGACUUCUACAACAACGGAUUGCCCUCCAACCUAUCCGGUGGCCGCAACCCCAGCCUUGACUACGGCUUGAAGGGCGCUGAAAUUGCCAUGGCCUCCUACUGCUCCGAGCUCCAGUUCCUCGCCAAUCCCGUCACCAACCACGUCCAGAGCGCCGAGCAGCACAACCAGGAUGUCAACUCACUUGGCUUGAUUUCGUCUCGGAAAACCGUUGAAGCUCUUGACAUAUUAAAACUCAUGUCGUCCACCUACCUUGUCGCGCUAUGCCAAGCCGUUGAUUUGAGGCAUUUGGAGGAGAAUCUGAAGCACGCGGUGAAGAACACAGUGAGCCAAGUAGCCAAAAGAACUCUCACAAUGGGCGCCAAUGGCGAGCUCCAUCCCUCCAGAUUCUGCGAGAAGGACUUGAUCCGGGUGGUCGACCGAGAGUACGUGUUCGCCUACAUUGACGACCCCUGCAGCGCCACCUACCCGUUGAUGCAGAAGCUUAGACAAGUCCUGGUCGAUCACGCCCUCAAAAACGGGGAGUUGGAGAAGAACGCGAGCACCUCCAUCUUCCAAAAGAUAGAGGCGUUCGAGGCAGAGCUCGAGGCCUUGUUGCCAAAGGAAGUCGAGAGCGCAAGGAUCGCCUUGGAGAGCGGGAGUCCGGCCGUGGCCAACAGGAUCGCGGAGUGCAGGUCGUACCCGUUGUAUAAGUUCAUCAGGGCGGAGCUCGGGGCUGGAUUCUUGACCGGGGAGAAGGCGGUGUCUCCGGGCGAGGAGUGUGAGAAGGUGUUCACGGCGUUAAACAAUGGCCUCAUUAUUGAUCCAUUGUUGGAGUGCCUUCAAGGAUGGAAUGGGGAACCUCUGCCCAUCUGCUAGUUGGUUUUUAAAUAUGUUUUCUGGGUUUAAAUUUGUUCUUUUUUUUUGUUUUUGUGUUAUUACAUUGGAUGAGACUUGAGAGUCUUAUGUCAAAUAAUGUGCAAAAUUUUAAUGAGAUUCUCACGUUUGCAUCUUGCUACUA